UGUUCGAUGUUGCUGACAAAUAUUAUAAGAGAUGCUUGGAAUUCGAGGACAUGCAGUUGGCAAACGAAAAUACUGAUGCGCUUAUUGUGUGUCAGUUGUUUCCUGCUUAAGCACCCUACAUCGUUCGAGUAUUGAAUCGAAAUACCGACAUUCAGAUUUCUCAUGUUUGUGUUUGCUGUACCACCGUUUGACAAUACAGCUACUGGAAGUUGAAAGUGUUGUUAGAGAAAUAAAAUAUGAUGUAAAGAAGUGAAAUUUAUUUCUCUGCGUUGCUGGGUAGAUUCCAUAGUGUUGAGUACGUACCCAGCCGCUUACGCCACUGUGAUUUUGAAUGAAACAUCUGGGUCUACUCACCUUGAAACUAGUCACUGAGACUUUAACGUAUAAGAUAAACAUAUUCUGAUACGGAAUGAGUGAAGCUUUGAUCAGCAAGACAAUAUUGCAUGCUGGCAGCAAAUGCGUCACCUUCGAGAAAGGGACAAAGGUGGUGUUUCAUUUUCAAACCAGAAGAGCAGGAGAUGAAUCUCAGGUUUUGGAUGAUAGUAGAAGUAUGGGCAAGCCAAUGGAACUGGUUCUCGGUAAAGGGUUUAAGCUAGAAGUUUGGGAAACUGCAGUAAAAAUGAUGGCGAUACAUGAAGUUGCAAAGUUCAAAGUUGACAAAAGUGUAAUCCCAUCCAGUAUUAAUUGCGAGGGGAAGGCUGUCAAACCGGCAGACUGUGAGCAGCUGCUUCCUGCCUAUCCAUUUGUGUCUAAAACUCUGCGGGAAUCUCUGAAACCACAUAAGGAGAGGUCCCACCACUGCUGUGCUGUUACACUGCAAAAUGAGGGGACAGGCUAUGAAGACCUGAACCAGCUCAUCAAGGAGCCCUGUGACCUGGAGUUCAUUAUAGAGCUACUUAAAGUUGAAGGCCCAGAAGAGUACAAGAAAGAAUCUUGGCAAAUGAAUGCAGAUGAGAAACUUUCUGCUGUUCCGAAGUUACGUGAGAGAGGAAAUCAGUUAUACAAGGAGAAGAAUUUUGAUGAAGCAGCAGGCCUUUAUGCUGAGGCCCUUGGCCUGCUGGAGCAGUUAAUGCUAAAUGAAAAACCUGGUGAUGAAGAAUGGAAUGAGCUUAAUAAGAUGAAAAUACCACUGCUGUUAAAUUAUUCACAGUGCAAGUUGUACAAAAGAGAAUAUUAUCAAGUGAUUGAACACUGCAGCACAGUUCUAAAGGAUGAUCCAGCACCAGUGAGGUUUCAUGCUGAAGAGAAGGUGGUCACACAAGUUAUCGUCCACUGCCGAACAUGCAGGCGAGUAAGCAGCAACAACAAGGAGAGAUUUGAUUUUUGGCGGCAGAGGGAGUUGGAGGCUGUGAAAUGUAUCGACGGAUGAAGGCUGUGUACGGUGAGUACAGGAGUCAUUCAAAUCCUGUGGAACGGUGCAAAUGGUUCUUUGAGGGGCACGAGGCCCGCCCACACAAGGCCAAUGCAGUGAAGAAGACAUUGCAACAGUUUUGGUGCGAAACGCUGGAGCAUCCACUGCACAGUCCCGACCUUUCACUGUGUGACUUUCAUGUGUUGGAGCUUUAAAACAAGCUAUUCACGGACAGCGAUUGGCAACGGACAAUGAAGUGUGUGACUGGGUCCAGGCAUGUAUCGGCAGCAGCCUACUAGCUUCUUCAAGGAUUGAAUCGAUUGUCUAGUGUUACAAUGAAAUAAAUGUGCCAUAGUUUUGGCGACUAUUUUUGAGUAUGUGUACUGUGUAUAGCUACAUUUUUGAGUUAAUAAAAUCGUUACUGUGUUACUUUACACUAGUGACGGGGUUUCAUUUGAAUGCCCCUUAUAAUUGGAUGGAUAAAACAAUCUACUCACCAAGCAGUGGUAGGAGAAAACACACAUCGAAGGUAAGCUUCCAGAUGCAGUGGCUACUCCUCUUGGCAGACAGAUUAAAGGGGAAGAAACAGGGAUAACAGGAAAGGACUGAUGACGUUUAGGAAAUGGGGAGAGUUUUGAGAAGUCACCCAGAACGUCAAGUCAUGGGAACUUGCCAGAUGGGAUGAGAAGGAAAGACUGAUUGCUGGGGACCUCACCUUGAAGUAUAAAAGUGGAAGAUAUGGUAAUAAACAAGACAGAUAUUACUGACAAAACAUUGUGAAAGAGUUAAUAAGAGCGGAAAGCUAAGUAUCUUAUACAUGGU